AUGUCGGGCCUCUGGAACACCCUCACCGGAGGCAACAAGAAGCAGCAGCAGCAGCAGCAGCAAGAGCCGUCCGCGCCCGCCCCCAGCGCACCCCAGACAACCACCACCACCGCUCCUUCAUAUCCCUCGCCCUUCGAUGCUAGCCAACCUCAAGGCGUCGAGGCCUUCCUCGGCAGCUCCUCCUUCGCCGACCCCACACAACUACACCCCCUCGCCGGCCUCAACAAGGAAACACUAGAAUACAUCUCGCUCGAGGACACCCCUCUGCCCGACGCCGCCGCCGGCUCAGCCCUGCCCUCGCGCGGCUUCACCGACGACCUCUGCUACGGAACCGGCAUUACCUACCUGACGGCCCUCACUCUCGGAGGCGCAUGGGGGUUGAACGAGGGUCUCAAGAGAUCGGCCGGCCAGCCGCCCAAGCUGCGUCUCAACUCCGUCCUUAACGCUGUCACCCGUCGCGGCCCCUUCCUCGGCAACUCGGCCGGUGUCGUCGCCAUCUGCUACAACCUAGUCAACGCUAGCAUUGGUUAUGUGAGGGGCAAGCAUGAUGCCGCCAACACAAUCCUGGCCGGUGCGCUCAGUGGUAUGCUCUUCAAGAGCACCAAGGGUCUGAAGCCCAUGAUGAUCUCGGGAGGUGUCGUUGCGACGAUAGCCGGUGCUUGGGCGAUCACCAGGAGGACAUUCUUCCCCUCCCCCCAGACCAACGAGGUUGACUGA